AUGUCGCAAGUGCUGCGCGCUAUCGGCACUCUGCUGCUCGUGGCCGUCUUCCUCCCGUCACUCAUACAUCAUGCGGCCAGUGCCGAGGCGAUGAUCCCACAGACCGAGGCCGCGCUGAGCAGGCUGCUCGGCCACACUGUCGGUCGUGAGAUGGCUGAGGUGAUCUACUGGGCCUCAUCUGCCCUGCUGCUGGGCGGACCGCUGCUUGUUCUGGGCGUGUUUUUGCCUGUGCUGCGCAAGCUGGGGGCCUUGCUUCUCUUCGUGUUCCUUGCCGGCGUCACACCUACCAUGCACGACUUCUGGGCGAAGACGGAGCAAGGCGAGCAGCAGGCGCACAUGGUGCACUUCCUGAAGAACCUGUCUCUCAUGGGCGCCCUCCUGCUCAUUCUCGCCGAGCCGGCCGCCACGCCUGCCCGCACUGGCGGCAGCGCGUCGCGCACAACAGCCCGCAAGCAGCAGAAGAAGCUCCAUUAA